UAAAAAAAUAUUUUAAACUUGAAAAAAAACAGAAUUCAUUUUUUUAUUAAUGCAUUUUUUUUUUGCUAUUUUAAGAGUGAUUUAUGUCUGAAACCCAAAAGUGCCAGAUCGAAACUAAAUUGUUCCGCUGGUAUGGUAGCUCUAAACAAGUGUAUCGAUAUGGUAACUUUCACAUGUGCUUCUAAAUUUGGCGGUGAUUGUGGUGUCUCAAAGUGUGCGAAAAUAAUUUGUGCAAAAUGGACAAGUUUGUUUUAACUUCAAGCAGUUUAAAUAAAGCUGCGCCCACGCCGCAAACGCAUACUGAGACUUCAAGCGAUUCACAUCCCGCAAACAAAAAAAUUUCUGUUUCGGAAAAUCGCAAAGUGCGUACUGAAUGGCUGGACAAAUUUUCCUGGCUGAAGAACGACGACGGGCGUGCAUCUUGUAUUGCCUGUGGUAUAAUUUUACGGAAUCACCUGACGCACAUCCAAAGACAUUCGACCCAGGCUUCACAUAUACGUUGCUUAAAAAUAAAGGAAAGCCAACUGAAAAUCGACACAUUUACAAAGGAACGUAGUGACAAUAAUUAUAAGCAGGUGCGCGAUGCCGAGUACGCACUUGUUAUGUUUUUGGUAAUGCAUAACCUCCCGUUUUUGCUGAUGGACUACUUGCCGGACUUGCUGCGGGUCUGUUGUCCAGAUUCAAAAAUUGCGAAGGGCGUAAAGUGUGGUCGGACCAAGGCAACUGACAUUUCGAAGGAACUUGCAAAAAAAGCAAUGCAGCGGAUAGUGAGUGCAUUACAAGAAACAAAAUUUUCUUUAAUUGUUGAUGAAACCACAGACGUUGCCAACAAAAAAGCCCUAGUGUUGGUGGUACGUUACUUUCACAACAUUUCUGGCAGUAUUAGGGACCAAUUUUUAGCUCUUAUUGAGGUGGAAAAAUGUGAUGCUCAAUCGAUUUAUAACGCCAUCAAAGCGUUCUUUUCUGACAACCAAAUACCUCUUAAAAAUCUAAUCGGCCUGGCAACAGAUGGUGCUAAUGUUAUGGCUGGAGGCCUUAAUAGCCUUAAAACCAAAUUAAGUGGAGAUACCCAUCUCUUUUCUUUGAAAUGUACCUGCCAUUCUUUACACCUUUGCUCAGGAUACGCCUGUAAAAAAUUACCGUCCGAAAUUGAAAUGCUGUGCCGUAAAAUAUAUUCAUAUUUUUCGUUUAGUCCAAAAAGAACAUCGGAAUUAAAAGAAUUUCAAGAAUAUUGUAGUAUAAAGCCCCAUAAAAUUUUAGGAAUAGCCAUGACACGUUGGUUAUCUUUAGAGAAGGUUAUUUCGCGAAUUCUGGAGCAAUGGGAUGCUCUUGAACUCUUUUUCUCGUCCCAGGCUUUGGAAGUUAACAACAUUAAGCCAAAAGAGAUAGCUAAUUCCAUGGCCAAGCCAGAGCUUAAAAUUUACUUAUUAUUUUUAAGCUUCAUUUUGAAAAUCAUUAAUGAUUUAAACGUUGAAUUUCAGUCUGAAUCGGCUCGUUUGCCAUAUUUGUAUGCAAGAUUACAAAGCAGCAUUAAGCUUAUUUUAAGCAACAUUGUAACGCAGGACUACGUCAAAAAUAUGAAUUUAGAAGAAUUAAAUAUUUGUGAUCUUGAAAUAUAUUUUUUGCCUGUUGAAGAAAUAUUCAUAGGGUUUAGUGCACAACAGUGCAUCUCUGACUCUGGUUUACUAGAAGAGCAAUCUAACAGCAUUAAAGUAACAAUAAGACAAUUUUAUUUGGAACUUGUUGACCAAAUAACACGACGAUUUGAUUUCUCAAGAAAGGACAUACAAAAUUUGGUUUUAAUAACUCCUGCCAAAGUUCUAUCCGCUGAGGAGUGGAACAUUGUUCCACUGCUAAAAAAUUUUGAAUACCUCUGCGAAUCAGAGUUUGACAAAAUAAUAAAUCAGUGGAAAAUGCUGAAAUUAUCAAACGAUACAUUAAAAAAAGAGACUGAUAUAAUUUUAUUUUGGGAUAACAUUUCAAUGAUUACAAAUGGAUUAAAUGAAAGUGUGUUUAAAGAUCUCAUUAAGUUUGUACACAACUUAUUAUCACUCCCACACAGCUCUGCUGCAGCAGAGCGAAAAUUUUUUGCAAUUAGCCUAAUAAAAACCAAAUUAAGAAAUAAAUUAGAAUUUAAUACCGUUAGCAGCAUAAUGCUAUGCAAGGAAUUAAUUUUAAAUAAAGAAACGCACUAUGUUUGGUCGCACAAAGAUUUAAAUUAAGAUAUGAUAAGAAAAAAAAAACUGAAUAUGCUUGGUCUCAGAAUGACUUUAAUUACCAGUAAGAUUUAGCUGUUAAGCUGUUUCAUUUCAGAAAAAUGUUUUGUUAUGUUUUUGUUUAUGUUUUUAUAUACUAUCUUAUGAUUUAAGUUAAAUAAAUUCGAAAUAAAUAAUAA